GUUGUCGUAGGUCAGUGACGACAAAAGCAAAGGCCUGCAAGUAUGUCUAGAUUGGGUUUCCGUGUUCAAUGCGCCGCGGCGUUCCAGCCUGUCACCUCCAUAUCAUCCCCUGAAAGCCGGUACAUCAGAGACAACAACAUACCCAGCAAAACGCGGUGCCGGAUUGCCAAAACAGAAGUCAAAAGACAUACAACACCAGGUAUUCGCUGGUCGUCACCGACCCAACUACUAAUCCGGCCCUCAUUGGCUUAUCUAUGGGAGAGCGGACGGGAUCCCGAGUUUUCCAAUGGGUAUGGUCGUAUGUGACAGAAACGCGAGGCAUAGCUGGACAUAUCGUGACAGCGGGAACUAGGCGAUGCUGGUGUUGCGGCUCUGCCCUUCGUCCCCAUAACCAAUUCGGGAAGCUUUGCGAAUGA